CGAAUCUUGAUACCGAAUGCUCAUGCUAUGGGAGCGCUGAGUAAAGGAUGCGGGUCCUGCAAAAGAAGAAAGGUCAAAUGUGAUGAAAACCGACCAUGUUGCAUACGUUGUUGUAAAGCGGGCAUUGAAUGUACUGGGUUCACACCCCGGCUCAGGUUUGUGGACGAAACGCCCCGCAUCCGACGCUCCUUAGCAGCUUCUCGUGCCCAGUCCCAUAAAUCCUCAACGCCCCCAAGCCCUGCUCCUUUAUUGGCAGAUACGUUACCUUUAACGGCAUUCAGGGACGACAUAUUCAUAUCCUAUCUAUUUUCCAAGAUGUUCAGAGGAGAGUACCAACAUCCACUGAAUGCUACGCGGGAAAUACAGUGUGGCUUACCGACACAUUGGAUUCCAGAGCUGGUCAAGACUCCUCAAAGGCCGCGCCAAAGGUCGUGGGAUGCUUUGGCCGCGAUUGUUUUCGGGCAAUCCCAUAACAGCCAAGAUGUGAUGACACACGCACUCAAGUUGUACGGACAGGCUUUGUCAGAGCUUCGCAAUAAACUUUCUAAUCCCGAUGAUCGUUGUACUGAAAGCACGUUAGCGUCUAUGACUGCUCUUUACAUCUAUGAGAAAACUUGGAUGCUGCACGCAGAUGGCCUUGGUCGGCUUUUGGAGUGGAGAGGCCCGCGGCAAUUAAAGUCAUAUGCUGAGAAAAGCAUAUUUCUUGAGCACCGUAUUAUACUGGUAGCGAAGUCAAUUGUUUCACAUCAGAGAACAUUUCUUCAUGAUCCUAUUUGGAAAACGGUGCCUUGGGAAGAUAAUCUGGCAUCGAAAUCAGAGAUUGAUUACCUUGUCGAUAUUGGGACAGACAUUGCUGAAUACAUUUCUCAACUAAAAAGACACCGCACCAGCAGGGGCAGCCAGGAAUUUGAGUAUUCUCGUCUCAGAACUCAAGUUGCCACUUCUCUCAAAGAGUUGAAUAAUUGGUGGCACCAGCGGGAAACCGAGCAUACACAAGUUGCUACAGAAGUCACUUCACAUUGGACAGCCAACGAACCACUCUUUCCCACGCAUCUAAGAUACGACACCCUGUGGACAGCCUUUGCGGUUUGUACUUACGAUGCAAUAAGAAUCUUGCUACUGCAGUUGUGGUAUACGCUCCAGUUGUUCACCAGCUCGAUCCAAACAAUUGAUCAAGAGUUUGUUCUGGACGUGCCGAAUAGAACAGCUCUACUUGGUAUAUCAUCCGACACUAAAGGUCUCGCUCGUGAGAUUCUGCGGUCUCUAAACUAUUCCUAUGGGGAGUCCCGACGUUUUGUAUGCACAUUCAGCUUUUUGUUCAUUCAAGACAUUGCCUAUGGGUGUUUUGAUGAGGGCUCAAAAGAAGCUAUAUGGGUUGCCGAACAUGGUUGGGCUGAGCUUACAAAUUUUGAUGUUGAAGACGCGAACUUGUUAAAAAGACUGCUGCCUCCAGGCCAAAUAAAGGCUGGAGAUGUUAGUCUAGGUUCAGUUGGUAAUGCUGCGCAUGUCCUAUUGACACCAACUGAUCAAAAUUUUUAA